AUGGCAGCGGAGAGAGACCGUCAGUCGCUCAGCUCUCAAGUUCACCAACUUGUAGUCGGGAACAAUGAUGUGCUGGAUGACAGCCACCAGCCAUGGACAAAUACACGUCAUACUGGGAUUAUAACCCCCGAUCCCAGUUCAGACUCUGGAAGGGAGGUUUCUAUCCUAACAUCCAGCAGUUCCGGCCUUGAAACAGAACAGAUCGGAUUUAUUAUCGAAAAUGAGCGUCGAUAUUGCAAUGACACCUACUUCAUGCCUAACGAUGAGCCAGAACAGGCCCGGCUGACCAUUGUUCAUCAAAUUUAUCUUACCCUGCUGGACGGCCAGCUAACCACCGUUCCGCUCGCAUCUCAGAUGCCGCACGUUCUUGACAUCGGUACAGGGCCCAGCGAUUGGGCCAUUGAGAUGGGCCGCACAUACCCAAAUGCCACCAUUGUCGCCUCUGAUAUUGGCGUGUUUGAUCAGAGUCUUGGCCAUGUCGACCUUCCCAAUCUGUACUUCCAGCUUGACGAUGCCCGUGACGAAUGGGCUUAUCGUGACCCUUUCGACGACUCAUACUUUCGACUCUAUCGUUCGACCCUUCGUGCUGCCGCCGACGCUGCAGGUACCCCUCGCGACUUGAGCCAUCUUCGCGCUUCGUUGUUUCGUGCGGCGGGCUUUGUCGAUAUUCAUAUUCAUGAAUACCUGAUUCCCAUCGGUCUACGGCCGAAGGAUGCGGCGCCAAUUCGCACGCUGGGCAAGAUGGGCCUGGUCAGUCUCCUCGAGGGAUUGGAGGCAUUCUGUCUGCGGCCUCUCACUGCAACCUACGGCUGGAUGAUAGGGGAUGUGCUCCAUCUCUGCGACCAGUUGCGCUCGGAACUCUUAACCAUGGAGCAUCGGGUGACGGCGCAUGUGAAGAUCGUAUCGGGACGGAAGCCUGUAGCACCGUAG